UUUGAUCGAGGUGUUUCUCGGAGGAGGAAGAGAAGGGAGAGACGACGAGGAAAGAUAAUUCGAUAAGCGUAGCGAACUCGUUCAGUGUUUGAUAGUUCUCGUUGUAAAACAGUGUCCGGCUGAUGAUUAUUCAAUUUCGUGGUUUAAGUUAGGUUGGGUAGAGGUGUUUCUCGCAGAAGGUAAAGAAGGGAGAGACGGCGAGGAAGCUAAUUCAAUAAGCGUAGUGAACUCAUUCGGUGUUGAUAGUUCUGGUUGCGUCACCGGUCUGUGCGGACGUUGCGCGCGCAUCCUUUUUCAACGUUGAACAAUCAGGUAGAAUUUGAGUUUUCGUGAGUGACGCAUGCGCACUAGAUGGCUACGAAGACGCCGAGACGUAGUAGUUCCGAGGGCGCUGGACAAAGUUCUGUCGCGUUUUCUGCAACGAGAACGCUAACGAAACGUGGAACCGGUCUUCUUUGCUUCACCUGCAGCUUCUGUUUCGUUCUCAGCUUGAUCUGCACAUGCCUAGGGACGUUGUUGGUACUCGUCGAUCAGAAAGUCGAAGCAGCUAGCUGUCAAUACUCUUUCACAACGAUGAACACCGAGACGAUUACGAAUUUGCCCUUUCGUCUGUCGAAGGAAGUGAAACCUUUGCAUUAUGACGUUUAUCUGCAUCCUGAUCUCGAGAAGGGUACUUUUCAAGGGAAAGUGACGAUUCUGAUCGAUGUGCAAGACAGAAGAAGUUACGUAGCACUUCAUCAGAAAGAUCUGAAUAUCACUUGGACCGAAUUGAAGACGUACGAUCGAGACGAGAAUUUUGAAUUUGAGGUGCUGGAUAUUAUACAGAUACCGAAGAACGAGAUGUUCGUUGUUUCGACGAAAAAUGAACUGCACUCGGGGUUGUAUAACCUGAGUUUCGAGUUUAACGGCGCGCUGCAGCCGGAUAAGAUCGUUGGUUUUUAUUCUAGUAAAUAUAAAGACGAGAAAAACAGGAUUAGAUGGAUUGCAACGUCGAAAUUCGAACCGACUUAUGCUCGAAGAGCUUUCCCUUGUUUCGACGAGCCUGCAUUUAAAGCGGAAUACACGGUGAAAUUAGUUCAUCCAACAGGAGAUUACUAUAGUGCCUUAUCUAACAUGAAUGCAGAAAGUACACAAAUAGAUAAACCAUCGCAAGGAUUAACGACAGUGACGUUUGCAAAAAGCGUGCCAAUGUCGACGUAUUUAUCUUGUUUCAUAGUCAGCGACUUUGUCGCGUUAACCAAAAUGGCAAAGGGCCAUGGUGAUCGUAAAUUUCCGGUUAGCGUUUAUACGACCAGAGCUCAGCAACAGAAAGGCGCAUUUGCUCUCGACAUUGGCGUGAAGAUAAUUGAAUAUUAUAUUAAAUUAUUUAACAUUGACUAUCCUUUGCCGAAACUUGAUAUGGCGGCUAUUCCUGAUUUCGUUUCCGGUGCAAUGGAAAAUUGGGGUUUAGUUACGUAUAGAGAGGCCAGGUUAUUGUACGACAAUGAGACAAGCUCUAACGCGAAAGCUUACGAUAUUGCCACUAUAGUCAGCCACGAGUUCGCUCAUAUGUGGUUUGGAAAUUUAGUUACUAUGUCGUGGUGGAAUGAUCUAUGGCUGAACGAAGGUUUCGCUUCUUUCAUGCAAUACAAAAGCGCGGACGCUGUUUUUCCAGACUGGGGAUUGAUGGAUCUAUUUUUGAUCGAACAAAUGCAUUCUGUGUUCGUUACCGAUGCAAAACUGAGCUCUCACCCUAUAGUGCAAACAGUCAGCAAUCCUGACGAAAUUACAGCGAUAUUCGAUGAAAUAUCUUACAAAAAGGGAUCGUCAGUUAUUCGAAUGAUGGAGAAUUUUAUUGGACCAGAGGUGUUUUACGGUGCAAUUUCCUCUUAUUUGAACAAAUUCAUGUAUCACAAUGCAGAAACAGCUGAUUUGUUUAAAAUAAUGCAAGAAUCCUCGCCAGAUAAAUUAAACGUGACAGACAUUAUGGACACGUGGACGAGACAGAAAGGAUUCCCCGUGGUGAACGUGAAAAAAUCUGGAAAUAAAUAUAUUCUGACUCAGAAACGAUUUUUGGCUGAUCCUGAUGCUAAAUUCGAUCUUUCAGAAUCGGAUUACGGAUACAAGUGGACCAUUCCUGUCACUUACAUCACGGACAAAAUGUCCAAGCCAACACUUGUGUGGUUCGAUAAGGACGCAAAGGAUUUGGAGAUCGAAUUCAAAGAACCAGUAGAAUGGAUCAAGUUCAACGCAGACGAGGUUGGAUACUAUCGCGUUAAUUACGAACCAGCUGAUUGGGACACCCUUAGCAAUCUUCUUAAAUGCCAGCACGAAACACUUUCUGUGUCAAAUAGAGCACAUCUUCUAGAAGACGUGUUCAGUUUAGCAGACGCCGGAGAAAUUGAUUACGAUAUGGCGAUGAAUAUUACGGAGUACCUUCCUCGAGAAAAUCAUGCUAUUUCCUGGAGCGUAGCUUCUUCGAAAUUAAGAGAAAUUGAUAUUUUGUUAUCUUCGACUAAUUCCUCGACGAAGUUCAAGAAAUACGUGAGAAAUUUAGUGGACAGUGCUUAUCACACAGUAGGAUGGCACGUGAGCGGCACUGAAGAUCGCGUUCGACUAAAACUUAGAACAACAGUGUUAGGAUUAGCCUGCUCCAUGGGGCACCAAGAAUGCUUGAAAGAAGCUGGAGAAUUGUUCAAGCGUUGGAUUUACGAUCCCAAGGAUGUUCGUCCCCAUCCUGACAUUUGCGACUUCGUCUAUUAUUACGGAAUGAACUACGUUGGCGAUGAAGCAACAUGGAAAAUAAUGUUCGAAAAGUUCAGCACUGAGACUGACGCGACAGAGAAGUUGAAGUUGAUGCGUGGAUUGGCUGGAAUACGGUCCUCUUGGAUCUUGAAUCAAUUCAUCACGUUAGCCACGGACGAGGACUACGUACGCGCGCAGGACUUCUUCAGCUGUUUGACCGCCAUUUCCGGAAACUCUGUGGGAACACCAUUAGUCUGGGACUGGGUACGCUCUAAUUGGGAGUUCCUGGUGAACAGAUUCACGUUGAACGAUCGAUAUCUCGGCUCUCUGAUCCCAGUAAUUACGAAGACGUUCGCCACGGAAACGAAAUUAAACGAAAUGAAAGUCUUCUUCGCGAAAUAUCCUGAAGCUGGUGCUGGCGUGAUGAAUCGAGCCAAAGCGCUGGAAACUGUGUCGAACAACAUCAAAUGGUUGAGCGAAAAUAGCAAGAAAUUGGAAAGUUGGUUGAACUCUCACGUGAAUUGAAACAUGCGAAAAAGAACUGUGUCUUGGUCACCGAGAUUCGUCGAACUGGAGUAAGUGAAUCGUUGAACAUAAGA